CACACUAAACGCAGUGCUGCCAUCAAUUGUUUAAGUUACUAAUUUGUGUUCACCUCGUGUCUCUUCCUUUGCUGCUGGAACCCCGUUCAAAAUGGCAACGAAUAUUUCAAAGAAGCGCAAAUUCGUAGCCGAUGGAGUCUUUAAGGCUGAAUUGAAUGAAUUUCUGACUCGGGAACUUUCCGAAGAUGGAUAUUCUGGAGUGGAAGUACGUGUUACCCCAACGCGUACUGAAAUUAUCAUUAUGGCAACGAGAACAGACAGAGUCUUGGGCGAGAAGAACAGAAGAAUCCGCGAGUUAACUUCAGUUGUGCAAAAGAGAUUCCGUUUCCCCGAGAACUCCGUUGUUUUGUACGGAGAAAAAGUAGCAAACCGUGGUUUGUGUGCUAUCGCCCAGGCAGAAUCCUUGAGGUUCAAGCUUAUUGGAGGUCUUGCUGUAAGAAGAGCAUGCUAUGGUGUCUUGAGGUAUAUCAUGGAAUGUGGAGCUAAAGGGUGUGAAGUAGUUGUAUCUGGAAAACUACGUGGUCAGAGAGCAAAAUCUAUGAAAUUCGUAGAUGGUCUCAUGAUUCAUUCAGGAGAUCCAUGCAAUGACUAUGUAGACACUGCCACCCGCCACGUAUUGCUGCGACAGGGAGUGCUGGGAAUAAAAGUUAAGAUCAUGUUGCCUUAUGAUGCCACAGGCAAAAUUGGUCCCAAGAAACCUUUGCCCGACAACAUUUCUGUUGCUGAACCUAAGGAUGAGGUUUUACCUUUAUACCCCAGCAGCGAGGUGAAGACAGUGAAGCCUGAUGCACCUGUUCUUCCGGUUCCUGUUUAAAAAUAGUAUGU